AGGUCUUGGUUUUUGAAUCACGGCAGGCUAGUCGGUUCGAUCGAUGACAUCCUCGGUGUUUAACCUCGGAUUCCUGCUCUCGGUGGCGCUGGUUGGGAAUGCUGCGUCGAUCGGUGAAGAUUACGGGGAACUGGAGCUUGUUCACCUUCUUUACCGACACGGAGAGAGGUCUCCUAUCGUGUUUUAUCCCAAUGACCCAUACAAGGACCCAAAGUACUGGCCCGUUGGACCUGGACAACUCUUGAAUCCAGGGAAAGAACGUCAUUUCAAACUGGGAGGAUUAAUCAGAAAACGCUAUGAAGGAUUCCUGAAUCCCAUGUACGACGAAUCGGAAGUCCUCGUGAGAAGCACGGAUUACGACCGCACGCUGAUGAGUGCACAGGCGAACUUGGCCGGACUCUAUCCACCCCAGGGAAACCAGAUCUGGAACCCUAACCUCGCCUGGCAGCCCAUCCCCAUUCACACGGUCCCAGUGUCCGAAGACUAUCUGCUGUUCCCCGAUUCCACCUGUCGAGCAGUCACCGAGGAGAUGGAUUCCUUGAAGGACAGGUACUCCUUCGUUAGAGACCUGAUGGACCGAGCAAAAAAGGUCUUGGUUGAGAUUCAGACUUUCACUGGCUUGGACCCAAAUGAAAAUGUUCUUGGUCAAGUAGACUCUCUCUCAGACACAUUGGCUAUAGAGGCUUCCUUAAAUUAUACUCUUCCAUUAUGGGCUAAUGGGAUCUACCCAAAUGAGAUCAAGCCAAUCUCAGUCUUCAGCUACAUGUUGGUGUCUUUCACUCCAAAACUCAAACGUCUGCGUGGAGGUCCCCUGGUUUAUACAAUGGUGAAGCAGAUGGAGGACAAGGUGGCCGGUAAGCCCGAGAUGAAGAAACGGAAGCUGUUCGUGUACUCAGGACACGAUUCCACUAUCUCUGCGUUCCUCAGUUCUCUGAAUGUCUUUGACCCUCAGCAGCCCAGCUAUGCAAGCAUGGUCACUGUGGAACUCAGGGAGAAAAACGGCCUCCAUUAUGUUCGGGUGAUGUAUCGUAAUGAGACAGGGGAGUACAACCUUCGCAUCCCUGGCUGCAGUCACCUUUGUCGGCUGGAGGAAUUCACCAGGCUCACCGAAUCGGUCCGCAUCUCUCCUCAGCAAUGGAGCUUUGAGUGUCAAAACCAGGAUUCCAGCUUCUCCAACCUUUCAGAUAAUGUGAAGAAAAUGCCUAUUCAGAGGGUCAAGGCCAGGCAGAUCUUUGGCUCAAAGGGGAACCCGAUGUUGGAAGUCGACGUGGUGACUGAAAAGGGCCUCUUUAGGGCUGCUGUUCCCUCUGACACUAGCAUCCAAGAAAGCCUUGAAUUCAGAGAUAAGGUCAAGGGAGAGUAUCCCAGCAAGGUCAAGGUUGCCGUCAAGCACAUCAAUGAGGUCCUUGGACCAGCCAUUGUUUCCAAGAACUUUGACCCCACCCAGCAGGAGGAAAUUGACAAGUUCUUGAUGGAAGAAGAAAGAAAGAAUAAGUUGAAUCUUGGAGUCAAUGCCAUGCUGGGCAUCUCUGCUGCCAUCUGCAAGGCCGGAGCCAUUCACAAGGGCCUCCCUCUCUACAGGUAUAUUGCAAAACUGGCAGGCAACACAGAUAUCAUCCUUCCUGUCCCUGCUUUCAUUGUCAUCAAUGGAGGCUCUCAUGCUAACAACAGGCUGGCUAUGCAGGACUUCAUGAUACUUCCUACUGGGGCAAGCAGCUUUCAUGAGGCAGUACACAUGGGUUCCAAGGUCUGCCAUCACCUGCGGAAGGAAAUCAAGGACAUGUUUGGCCUUGAUGCUGCUGUUGUUGGAGAUGAGGGUGGUUUUGCACCUAACAUCCUCAACAACAAAGAUGCUCUGCAGUUGAUCUCUGAUGCCAUUGCUGCUGCAGGAUAUACAGGAAAGGUUGAGAUCAGCAUGGAUGUGGCUGCUUCAGCAUUUCACAAGGAUGGUUUGUAUGACCUGGACUUCAAAAACCCAAAGUCUGACAAGUCAAAGUGGUUGCAGCCAGACCAGCUAGCUGAUCUCUAUGAUGAGCUCAUUGAGGACUUCUCCAUCAUCUCCAUCGAGGAUCCUUUCGAUAGAGAUCACUUGGAUGCCUGGACGAAGAUGUGCAAGAGCAUCCCCAUACAGAUUGUGGGAGACAAUUUGACCAUGGCCAACCCCAACCGCAUUCAGAUGGCAGUUGACAGAAAGGCAUGCAACUGCCUCCUCCUCAAGGUCAAUCAGAUGGGCUCUGUCACCGAGGCCAUUCAGGCUCACAAUCUGGCCAAGAAAAAUGGCUGGGGGACAAUGGUAUCCUAUCAAACUGGAGAGACCGAGGACACCUUCUUUGCUGACUUUGUUGUUGGUCUAAGCUCUGGCCAGAUUAAAACUGGAGCACCAUGCCAGUUAGAAUGGCUGGCCAGAUACAAUCAGAUCAUCCGCAUCGAGGAGGAGCUGGGACCCUAUGCACAGUAUGCCGGGAAGAACUUCCGUCACUCGAGCUAGACAUCUGUAGAGAUGAGAAAUUCAUCUCUGUCUCUGCCAUGAUGCCAGAGGUGUUCUCUUUCCAAAGCAUCGCUACCUGUUUGCAGGAUGUGCAUGCCAUUGCACACAUUUUCUUCUUGGGGCAUAUUUCUCCAGAUUUUUACCAUUAAUUUAUCACAUUGUUCUCCUGAGUCUUAUCUCCCCGGUGACCUGGUUUUUAUUUACUUAUCCUCAUACACUGUGAUGCAUAUUUGAAACUUUAAAGAAAUCUGCAGGAAAGUGAG